GGCGUUCGCUCGCGAUCAUCGACUCUUUUUAUGCUCGUAUCCUUUACACAGUAAUUUUAUACUCUUGUACAUUUGUAAGUGUCCUCAAAGUCAAACGUUAGCCUAUAUUCGCUUACCAUUUUGCAUCCUGUUUUUUCUCUGGAUUGUAAAUUUGUGUCCUAUGCGGUUUCAUCUGUUUUGUUUUCCGGAUCCCAACGAUGCAGUCAUGUUAUUAUCCGCGACUAUAAGGCCGUGAGGGUUAUUUUUUUCUUAACUGUGUGGACUCUGCGUACGCGGCUGCAUCAGUAAAAUCUGUGCAUGUUUAUUCACGUUUGAGUAUGCGAUUAAUGAUGGCGGCCAUUUCCCUCCGGAAGUCUCUCCGCUUCUCCCGGAUGCUGCGGAUCCUUUCUUUGGCCCAGAUCAGCCUCGGCUUGCUCCUGUUGGUUGUGGAGAUCGUCGGUAUCGUCGUGAUUAUGUUGGCGGCGGAAGACCUAGCCGAAUGGCACAUGCUGACCAUUCUCCUCUUCUGCGGUAUCCUCAUCGCCUCCGGGGGGCUGGGUAUCCGCAUGACCACCCCCGUGGCGCCCAGUGCCGCCUUCACCACGGAGAAAUCCCUCCGCGUGCAGUCGCGCUGCAUGGUGGCCUUCCUCGUGCUCAACAUCAUCGCCGUCAUCCUCUCCACGGCGGCCAUCGUGGCCAACGCACUGCACCUGGCCGCGUCCAACCAAGACUAUUUCCUACUGCAGCUGAACCACAUCGAUCCGCGGCGUGCCGCCAUCCAUGUCAGCGGACUGGUGUGCUACGCCAUCUUUUUCCUCCUCUGCUUGACCGCCGCGGUCCUCAUCAGUCCCAGUGUGUGCUGUGCGGAAGCGCCGUCAUUGGCGCUGCAACUGGGCGAUCGAGAUCCUCUGGAAGCGACGUCGAAAUUUUCCACGCUGGAUGAGAAGUUUGUCCGGGAGAAACGCUCCAAAAGCAAUCUGAAGGUGGUGGAUCAUAUUCGCAGUAAUAAUCUGGCGGUGGCCGCCAGCGGAUCGGCGAUGGAUGAGGGCCGGGGGAGUACGGUGAAUUCGCAGAGUACGAUGGUCAGUGAUCAAUCGUCGGUCAGUUUGACCGGGUAUGUCCGCCGCACGCCGUCAGCGCCCAGCUUGGAUUCCGAUUCCACGCCCAGUCAGUCCAUUCUCAAAGAGCUGGAUGCCAUUCUGCGACAGCAUGAUGUCGAUGCCGGUGGUGAAAUAAUAUGUGAUGAGGAGAAAUGAACGUUUUUUCGAAAUUUCAUGUACCGACGGGUUCGGGUCUUAUAGUACGUUUAUCAAAGCUUUUUAUAUGUAGCCGUUAUAAAUAUGAUUUUGCAUAACUUUUUGGAGGAUUUUUAUUUAUUAUCUACUAUUGCCGCUGAUUGCGGAUAAUUUAUUUACUUCAUUAUAUUUUGAUGUUUUUUUGAUAUGCAGUGUAAUGGUGUCGAUUUAAUGUCAAUGUUAUGAAAACUGCUGCCUAAUGCGUACCAAGUGAGCUUAACAAUUUGCGUAUGGAUAGUGGAUACCCCGUUGUUUGCGUUUUAUUUGGCAUAAUAAUUAAGUAUUAA